UUUUUGGGUUCAGUGACUGUCAUUGUCAGAUAUCUAUAGCUUUGUUGGUAAAAUUUCACAUGAAAAAAUUACAUAAUAAAUAGAGAAGAGAUUUUGGAAGAGAGAAAAUGCAAUUUAGCUCCUCACGUAUUAGCAAUUUAAGUUCUUGUCUUGGUCUUCCCUCGAUUUCAAACGACAUUAACCAAAACCAGAGAACUACGAAUUAUUCGCUAAAAAAAGAUGGAUUCUUGUUGCAACUUUAGCUUGGGGACAAAAACUGUCUUGGCCAAAGACAGUUUCAAGAAUGUAGAGAACAAAUUUUUGGGUGAGAAGAUCAAAGGAAGCGUCUUGAAGCCUUUUUCUUCAGAUUUGAGUUCCAAGAAGUUCAGAAAUCGAAAAUUGAGGCCCGGUGUUGCUUACGCUAUUGCUACCUCAAAGAAUGCUAAAGAGGCUUUGAAAAAUCAACCUUCCAUGUUUGAGAGAAGAAGAGCAGAUCCUAAAAAUGUGGCUGCAAUCAUUCUAGGAGGAGGCGAUGGAGCUAAACUCUUUCCUCUUACCAAGCGAGCAGCAACACCUGCUGUUCCUGUGGGUGGAUGCUAUAGGAUGAUCGAUAUCCCGAUGAGUAAUUGCAUUAACAGUUGCAUAAACAAGAUUUUCGUGCUGACUCAGUUUAACUCGGCUUCCCUCAAUCGCCAUUUGGCUCGUACUUAUUUUGGGAAUGGCAUAAACUUUGGAGAUGGUUUUGUUGAGGUUCUGGCUGCUACACAAACUCCUGGUGAAGCCGGGAAAAAGUGGUUUCAAGGCACAGCUGAUGCUGUGAGAAAAUUUCUGUGGGUGUUUGAGGAUGCUAAGAACAGGAACAUUGAGAAUAUAAUCAUCUUGUCUGGAGAUCACCUAUAUAGAAUGAACUAUAUGGACUUUGUUCAGCACCAUGUCGAUAGUAAAGCCGAUAUUACUCUUUCGUGCGCGCCGGUUGAUGAGAGCCGUGCGUCGGAGUAUGGACUGGUCAAUAUUGAUCGAAGCGGGCGUGUAGUCCAUUUCUCUGAGAAACCAACUGGCAUCGAUCUGAAAUCAAUGCAAACCGAUACUACUAUGCAUGGACUGUCUCAUCAAGAAGCAGCAAAAUCUCCAUACAUUGCGUCAAUGGGAGUUUAUUGUUUCAAAACCGAAGCUUUACUGAAGCUUCUGACAUGGCGGUAUCCGAGUUCCAAUGACUUUGGGUCUGAAAUUAUUCCUGCAGCUAUAAAAGAUCACAAUGUUCAAGGAUACAUCUACAGAGACUAUUGGGAAGACAUCGGAACUAUUAAGAGUUUCUAUGAAGCUAAUAUUGCUCUUGUCGAGGAGCAUCCCAAGUUUGAGUUUUACGAUCAGAAUACACCUUUCUACACUUCUCCUCGGUUUCUACCACCCACCAAAACCGAGAAGUGCCGGAUUGUAAAUUCGGUAAUCUCACACGGAUGUUUCUUGGGAGAAUGCAGCAUCCAACGUUCCAUUAUUGGUGAAAGAUCACGUCUUGACUAUGGUGUUGAGCUUCAGGAUACUCUUAUGUUAGGAGCGGAUAGUUACCAAACCGAAUCUGAGAUCGCGUCUCUGCUUGCGGAAGGAAAUGUUCCAAUUGGCAUUGGCCGAGAUACAAAGAUCAGGAAAUGCAUCAUUGACAAGAAUGCAAAGAUCGGGAAAAACGUGGUGAUCAUGAACAAAGAUGAUGUUAAGGAGGCUGAUAGGCCAGAGGAAGGAUUCUACAUUCGAUCUGGAAUCACUGUGGUUGUCGAAAAGGCCACCAUUAAAGACGGUACUGUGAUAUGAACAAAACGAUCUCAAGACCGCCGUGGUGAUUUUGAGGUGUUUGGCCGGAAGUUAAAAAGAGAGACCGUUGUGAUUUUGUCAUGUAAAUUAGAAGAGGAGAUAGAAGAAUCAUACAAUUUAGAAGCAAAAGCAAGUUUAAGCUUUACAAUAAGAGUGAUCAGCCGAUCACCUAUAGCUAUAAUAGUCACUCUCUUUUCAUAAUGAUCAAUAAAUAAAGCUAUCUAUCUUCUUCUGUUUUGGCAAUUUCUCAAUUAGGGGUUUAAUUUAACAUUUUCUAAAUAAUUGGG